AUGUACUGUCUGGUUCUGUUGUUCCUGACUCUAGGACAAGUGCUGGCCAACUGUCCGAAUGGAUGGACUGCCCACGGAGAAUCCUGCUACCACGUCAGUAGAGACGUCGCUUCAUGGGUUGAAGCUUUGAAGAUGUGUGAAGUUCAUGGUUCUUAUCUUGUGAGAGUAGAAACAGCAUUCGAAGAUAAUUUUCUCGCUUCAAUGAUCCGCUCGCUUCAAAACCACGUUCACACAUACUGGAUGGGAGGAUCAGACUGGACAACAGAAGGGGAAUGGACAUGGGAGCCACAGGGAGCUCCCUUUGUCUACACCAAUUGGUAUCGUCAUCAACCUGACAACCAUGCAGGGCAGGACAAUUGUCUGGCCAUGGAGGGGUCAUCCUUCUACAAGUGGACGGACGAAAACUGCCAGGACAAGUACAGAUACAUAUGUGAGAGAGCGUAA